AUGGAGCAACUUGUGGGACCCCUCAAGGCCGUUCUCCUCGCACGCCCAAAACAAGACUGGGUCAAGCAGGAACUUGAUAAGAUGGAGGAGUUGAAACGCUGUGCCAUUGUGGUGAUCGUUGACUUCCGAAACCUCGCCGAUAUCGAAAAGAACCGCUACUACCUUGACCUUUUACACACAAUUGACUCCGAACGCUCCCUGAAGGCGACUUAUGACCAGGUGCUCUCUACGGUUGAGCGCUCAGCACGCGUCUCGCGAGAAAGUAUCUCAUCUGGCGUGCCCUUCUCCUAA